UUGUUGGUCAUUGGUUGAGUUCCUAAAUAUUCAGUUAGCUCUCCGGUGAUUGGAGAAUUGCUUACACAAGACCUUGCGUAAAGCAAAAUAUAGAAGUUGUGUAAGGUAAAUACGAUAUAAAUGCAGCCGGAUACAACACAGAGCGCGUCUUCAUCACAGCAGUGACAUUUCAUUGCAGAAGCUGUUUUCCGGACACUGCGUACAGGCCGCGAAGGAUGUUAGGUUCCUUCUCCUGGCUCCUCCUCCUGGCCCUAAAUGGGCGGGGCUUGGCCCAGGGUUCCGAGCCCAUGUUCCAAUCGGUGACGGGCACGGUCCUGCCCCCUGACAACCAGCACAACCCCACGCAGCUGAAUUAUGGGAUGGCCGUAACUGACGUGGAUGGAGACGGAGACCUUGAGGUGGUGGUGGCAGGCUACAACGGCCCUAACCUGGUCCUGAAGUACGACCGCGAGCUCAACCGGCUGGUGAACAUCGCCGUGGACGACCGCACCUCGCCGUUCUACGCGCUGCGGGACACCGGGGGCAACGCCAUCGGGGUGACGGCGUGCGACGUGGACGGGGAUGGGAGAGAGGAGAUCUACUUCCUCAACACCAACAACGCCUACUCUGGCCAGGCCACCUACUCUGACAAACUGUUCAAGUUCCGGAACGGACGCUUCGAGGACCUGCUGAGUGAUGACAUCAACCGAGCUGUGGCCAGUCGGCUGGCAGGGCGCUCAGUGGCUUGUGUAGACAGGAAGGGCACAGGGCACUAUGCAGUCUACGUAGCUAACUAUGCCAGGGGCAGUGUGGGCGCUCACGCCCUGAUAGAGAUGGACGUGGACGCCAGCGACCCGGGCAAGGGCAUUGUCGCCCUGUCUGACGUAGCCCCUGCCGCCGGGGUCAACAAGCUCACAGGUGGGCGAGGCGUGGUGGUUGGACCAAUCGUGAGCCAGACGAGGUUGGACGUGUUCUGCGACAACGAGAACGGACCCAACUUCCUGUUCCGGAACAUCGGAGAUGGAACCUUCUCCAACGUGGCCCAACAGGCCGGGGUGGAGGACAGUUUCCAGCAUGGUCGUGGCGUAGCGCUGGCCGACUUUAACGGAGACGGGAAGACCGACAUCGUCUACGGCAACUGGAACGGACCACACCGCCUCUACCUGCAGGACGGCAACCAGAAGUUCAGGAACAUUGCUUCCAGUGCGUUCGCUUCCCCGUCUCCAGUCCGCACUGUGAUCGCUGCUGACUUUGACAACGACAAGGAGCUGGAAGUCUUCUUCAACAACAUCGCAUAUAGAGGAGAUUCUCCCAACCGCCUCUUCAGGGUGUCCAGGAGAGCAGAUGCUGAUCCUCUGAUCCAGGAGCUGGAUGUGGGGGAGGCUGCUGAACCCCAGGGAAGAGGCACAGGUGCCACGGUAACAGACUUUGAUGGAGACGGCCUGCUGGACUUGCUGGUGUCUCAUGGGGAGUCUUCAGCUCAGCCCAUCUCUGUGUUCAAGACCUCACAGGGUUCGACCAAUCACUGGCUCCGUGUGAUCCCUCGUACCCAACAUGGGGCCUUCGCACGCGGUGCCAAGGUUACAGUUUUCACCAAUCAGAGUGGAGCCCUCACACGCAUCAUCGAUGGCGGCUCCGGAUACCUCUGUGAGAUGGAGCCAGUUGCUCACUUCGGACUGGGUCAGGAUGAGGUCAGCGUGGUGGAAGUCUACUGGCCAGACGGCAGUUCCAUGACCCGUGCCCUGCAGCCUGGAGAGAUGAACUCAUUGGUCGAGGUCACCUAUCCUAAGGAAGGGGAGGAAACAGUGCUGGCCAAUGACACAAAGUGUGGAGAUGGAUUCACAGUCAAGAACGGCCACUGUGCAGGUGUCUGAGUACAAGUUGACUUAUCCAGGACGAGUUAUUUUGGUGGACUACUCUAUACCCCCAGGGCCUAGCUAUGGAAAAGACAGGCUAGCAAGUUAGCUGAACUAACAUCACAUCGCUUAUUUAUAGUUGGCUUCAGAGAUGGCAAAAGUACAAACAUCCUUCACUCAAGUAAAAGUACAGAUACUCAUGUUUAAAAAGACUUUGGUAAAAGUUGUGCUGACUACACUUUUUUUUACUCAAGUUAAAGUAAAGAAGUGUGGGCUCUGAUAUAUAAUUGAGUCAAAAGGAGCCAUGAGCUGUUUUAGUGUCACGCUGGUAACUGCACCUCACACCAUAUUAAUACAAAAACACACUACAGACACGCAGCGCAUUCGCCAGGAAUCCUAAUUGACAUACAGUAACAAAGUGUUUGUUUGGUUUUUAUUAGACAGUAACCAAGCAGUUUUUAUUUCUACUGUGCGAGUACUUUAUCGUGUCUUUUAUUGCCUUUAUUUUGAGUUUUCCCCUUAGGUUUUGGUACUGAAUGUUUACUUUUGUUGUUGUUGGGUUAAACACUUCUCUAAAUAAACUACAUGAAUCAUGACACACAA